GGAAUGAAAGAAAUUUAUGCUAAGUUUGUGUCUCAGAAAAUCAGCAAAACCCGCUGGCGACCGGUGCCUUCGGGGAGUCUACAGACAGUUGAGUCCUUCGCUACAGGCUCUUGGGACAACGAGGAAAAUUAUGUUUCGCUGUGGUCAAUUGGAGAUUUUGGAAACUUGGACCCUGAUGGAGGGUUUGAAGGAGACCAUCAGUUACUGUGUGAUAUCAGACACCAUGGUGAUGUAAUGGAUUUACAGUUUUUGGACCAGGAAAGAAUUGUAGCUGCUUCAUCAACAGGAAGUGUAACAAUUUUCCUUCACCAUCAAAAUAACCAGACUCUGUCAGCCAGCCAUCAGUGGACAGCAGCUCACUACCACAGCGGCCCGGGCAGUCCUUCCUGUAGCAGUGCACCUUGUACAGGGGUUGUGUGCAACAGCCCAGAAAUUGUCACAGUUGGUGAAGAUGGCAGAAUAAAUCUCUUCAGAGCUGAUCACAAGGAAGCUGUGAGGACGAUAGAUAAUGCAGACAGCAGUACACUACAUGCUGUCACCUUCCUUCGAACUCCUGAGAUUCUGACAGUAAAUUCAAUUGGACAGUUAAAAAUAUGGGAUUUCAGACAACCAGGAAAUGAACCCUCUCAGAUAUUAUCAGUGACUGGUGAUCGAGUGCCCCUUCACUGUGUUGAUAGACAUCCCAACCAGCAGCAUGUUGUAGCUACUGGCGGCCAGGAUGGAAUGCUGAGUAUCUGGGAUGUUAGACUAGGUACUAUGCCAGUGUCUUUGUUGAAGGCUCAUGAAGCUGAAAUGUGGGAAGUUCACUUCCACCCAUCCAACCCAGAACGUUUAUUUACUUGUUCUGAAGAUGGAUCCCUCUGGCACUGGGAUUCCUCCACAGACGUGCCUGAAAAGUCAUCACUCUUUCACCAAGGAGGAAGAAACAGUACUUUUUUGUCUCACAGCAUUAGCAGCCAGGCUAAUGCUCACCAGUCUCUCCUAAGCUCCUGGCUCACCACUGACCCUGCCAAGGACCGGAUUGAAAUCACAAGCUUGCUUCCCAACAGGACUCUGUCUGUGAACAGUCUGGAUGUUUUAGGGUCUUGUCUUGUGUGUGGAACUGAUGCAGAAGCAAUCUAUGUUACUAGACAACUUUUUUCAUGA